GGGACAUGUGGGGGCAUGGUACCUUUACUCCUGACUUCCAGACACACACCAGCACACAGGCUGAUUAAAAACAGUAGGAGUGCCAACAUGAGGGAGCAAUCUUUUGGAGAGGAAUGUACUCAGGAGGUGGAGUCACCAAGGAAAUCUCCUAUGAGGAUUUGAAAGCUCUUGUGGGAAAGAGCCAGAAUCUGUUUCUGGUUGAUGUCCGCACAAAAGAUGAAGUGGAUAAAGGACGUAUUCCAGGAUCUGUUCAUAUCCCAGUUGAUACAGUAGAGGCUGCUUUCAAAAUGGAGCCAGAAGACUUCAAGGCCAAAUAUGGAGUAACAAAGCCACCGUUGGAUGCGCCAGAGCUGGUGUUUCACUGCCAGGUUGGAAGAAGAGGGGGAGUGGCCACGAGCAAGGCAAACGAACUCGGCUAUGUGAAUGCACGUAAUUAUGCCGGAGCAUACAGGGAGUGGAGUGAGAAAGAGGGAAAGUGAUUUGUGUUGAACACAAAGACUCACAUAUAUUUAUACAAAUAACAACUGUGAAAGCUGGACAGACCAAAUAGAGAAACGGUUUUGUGUUUGUGUUUAUCUUUUGACACUGUUUUGUUUUCAUAUGCUGCAUUGUUUGUGUUUACAUUACAUAAAUCAAUACAAAUAAAUACAUCAUGGUAUCUAA